AUGGCUGUGGAGGGUGUCCAUAGUGACAGCGCCGCCGCACUAGGAAAUGAAGCUGAGGAGGGCUACGUGAGUGAUGCAUCGGAGGGUCUUGUUCAGUCCAUGGUCGAGGACAGCAUGAGGCGGACUGAGAGGGCCGAAAGCAAACUGGAGGCUAGCGCUUCGCUGGAGGACCGGAUCACUCUGUUGGCCUCGCUAGUUGGGGAGAGGGGGGCUGCGGCGGCGGCGGCGAUGAGGGGGUUGUGCUUGCACUUGUUGACCUCUACCAUGGGCGAGAGGACGUUACGGAGGAGCUAUGCGGUGGACACUCUCGCGGCUGCGGCACUGAAAGCCUCGUUUCGACGAGAUUCCCUGAGUGCAGGGGGCGCAUUGGAGUUGGAGGCGGCUUGUGUGUCACUUCUAGAGGCUGCCCAGGCCCCUCAGAAGGAGGGCGAAGGGGCUAUGGCGAUCCUAAGGCGAAUGUCGGCGCUGAAGGCCGCAGUGGACUUGACCACAGUGGGGCUGCCCAUGACCAAGGCUGUUCGACGUGAUAUCAUUGAAGUGUUUCGUCGCCAAUUUAACCGCUAUGGUCGGCAGUCGGUGUGGGUCCACGUGGAGUGCCGGAAGAACGCCGCUCGUCAGCUGGAAAGGCUCCUAAGUAGUGGGUUCCUCAACGACCAACCGAGUGCAGUGGACGACGCCCGAUACUGUAUCGUCAACCACCUCGCGGAAAAGGAGACCAGUGUUGAGGUUCGCACAGCCUUGUUCCGCUGUUUGGCGUUGCUCCCACACGCCCUAUCGGAUGCCAUACGAUCGAUGAUUGUGAACACCCUUAUUAAGGCGCCACUCUCAGUGGCUGAUCUCGAGUCUAGUAUUGCUUGUGCUGGCGUACUGUGCAAGAAGGUCAGUAGUUUGGAUAGUCUGCGUAAAAAGUUGAAGUCGGCUGGCAACACCAACAACGCCGCUGUGAUGGUCGCUAUGGCGCGCUGUGGGUUAGACGAGGGUAGCCCUGUGAGGCCCCUGGAGAUCCUAAGGGCACUUCUGGAGGUUCCUGGGGACCCGUCUAUGGUGGGAGUAGUGGACGGCAUCGGUGGUGAUGCGAAAGUUUUUGGGAAGUGCUGUUGCUCAUUGGUGUGGCGGGCGAGUGAACUGGGUCUAGCUGGGGAGGUCUUCGACUUUCUUAUGGAGGACCUACGCGACCGAGAGGCCCCUAGGACUACCUUCCAGAGGCUGAUAACACUAAAGCUAGUGGAAGUGUGUGUUAGGGCAGGAGGGGUUCCGGGGGUCUACUUCGACCAGGACUGGGGUGAGGUGACUGAGCUGCUUUUGGCGUAUGCAGUUGAUGAGGCUGGUGUCACUGGGGAGGCUGGUAGCAAGGCGCUGAUGGCUCUAGUGGGCGCUCUGGUCUCAUCGGCCCCUUUAAGUGUAGUGGAGACGGUGUUAAAGACUGCAUUAGGGUGGCUCGAGGGAGGUGUGGACUCUAGUGAACUGCCUAGGGCCGCCUGCGCUCUCACACUAGUGGAAGGCUGCCUCAACACCCCGGCUGACCGGGCCCGAUGGGUCCUCCUUCCGAGCCUGCAGCAGCUACUGGGCAUACUAGAUGGUCUGUUGGGGUCGGCGGCUAUCUCGGAACUCCAGCACUGGAUAAUAUCAACGGCAGCUCUUGGUGAUGCUGACGAGGUUGACUCUACUGCGGACCUGCACUUGAACGACCGCUUGGUCAUCCUGCUGGUGGGCCAGCGGGUUGUGGCUCUUGUUCUGAGCGUGAUGAGCAGUGACGAUAAACCAUCUAAAACGGCGAAGGAGACGGCAGCGAAAGCAGUGGAGUUUUUGAUCGAAAUCCUGAAUUUGCUGAAGUUCCUGCCGAGCCCGCUGACACCUAUCAGCGACUCACAGCCGAGGUUAAUACGGAGUUUAGCUGACCGGGGCAUACCCGACAGGAUGAGGGUAUUCCUGCAUGGCCCGACGGGGCCUGAUGUUCGCAGCUCCGACACUGGGCUGAGGUUACUGGGCGAAAUCAAAUGUUGCUGUUGCGAUGCCUUGCGGAAGGUCAUAGAGAAGGAGGAAGUGCUUGACAGUGGGCAAGUGGGGGCAGUAGUGGAGGGCCUGUUAGAGGACGUGGGAGGUAGAGUAGUACCUUCUCAUGGGGGGUCGUUGCCACUAGGGGAGCUGGAAGAGCCCCUGGGGGUUCCACCGAGUGAUUGGGUAACUAGUGGGGCUGUGUUGGCCAUAAUGGAGAGAGCGAGUGAUGAAGUUAAGGAGGCCUGUAGGUUGCUGCGGUCGAUUUCGGACGCUCUUGCGGCUGGUGUGGUAUCAAGCGAAAAACGGUUGGAGACGAUUGAGAGGAUGGUCAGGUCUGUGAGGGAUGGCCUUCCUGUAGUAGACUUCUCGGGAGUCCAGGAAGGGGCGCAGGUCGUGAUCCCGAACGACCUGCGUGCAGUGGUACUCUUGAGGACGCUAGCGAGAGUGGCCGAGCAUGUGCAGGGCGAGGAUAAGAUUGCAUGCUCGGAGGAGAUGAUGACGCUGGUAGAGGUAGCCCUGCUGAAGCCUCUGGAUGUGUCUAGGUUGAAUGCCUUGUUGAGGCUGUUGGUGACAGUAGCCCCCACUUUCCCUGAGAGGGUCCGUGCCUUGGUCCAGAAAAUAGUGGAUUCCACAGAGUGUCGUGAUGAAACUAUCGUGAACUGCUGUCGAGCAGUGGAUGCCCUCACGGACGUUGUGGAUGUGUGGGAGGAGUUUAGUCGUGCGAAGUCGCAGCUGGCCUACAGUACUAAGCCUGGGUUACGUUUCGCAGUGUUAUCGGCGCUACGCCACGGAGGGACGAGGGCGUUGGGUCUGUCUGUGGCCCACAUGGUGGAGGAGUCUUGGGACUCUCGGGCGGCCUGGGAGCAGCUCGGGCGGGUUCUCGAGGCGUGCAGAAGGGGCCCUCCUACGGCCCUGUCGAUGACGUUGAUGCGGGCUCUCGAGCUGAUGGCUGGUCGUGACUCUGAGGCUGUCUCCACUCAUUUACUAGGGUACUCUGCGGCGUGCAUCGAGACCAAUCCUGAGACACCCAGGCGGCUGUGCCGGGAGACGAUACAGUCGGAAUAUUACGGUUGUCGAAGGCAAGCGGUUGCGUGCCUGUUGCAGCUAGCUAAGAAGUCCAUCCCGGUCGGAGCGGUCGAAUGGGGCCCAGCACUUGUCAAAUUGUAUAGUAGUAGUGCCGUGAGGGGAGAGGAGGGCCUCUGUGAGGAGAUAGAGCGGCUGGUGGAAGUCAUGGGCCAUGUGCAGCCGAGGGAGUCUAUGGAGACGGCCUUGGCCGUUUUGGGCGGUCUUGCUAUGAGUCCCAGUGCGGCACCGCCCGGCUCGACCGUGUCACCACGUGGUAACGCGCGUGGACGGUCCCUUUCUGUGGAGGUCAUGCGUGGGCGAGUGAUGGAGGAUGGUUCUAGUCCAGUAGCAGCAACAACGAGAUAUGAUGACCCUGAUAGCCAUCCUCGGACACCUGUGCUCCUACCGAGGGCCCGGGCCCUGGCCGCUCGGCUCUUGGGGGUAGUGGUAGCCAACGUAGAGGUCGACCCAGCGGAUACGAACUCGCCAGAAGCUGUGCUGAAGUUAGCACUCAUGUUGGCGAAUUCAACUGAUGAGAAGACUGUUGGACCAUCCAGAGAUUGGAGUGCUCUAUACGUGGCCUCUCUAGAGCUCCUCCAUCUAGUUGUGCAGAAAUACAGCGUCGUUGCUGAUAGCAGUCUACCACGGCUGGCUGCCUAUGAAGCGCAGGUGGUGCCGGUCCUAAGAGCAGCACUGCAAGCCUCGUAUAGUGUCCAGGUUGAUGAGAAUGGACAGUUGUUGUUCGAGGGACGGUAUGGCUCAGAGGCCUCAGCUGCCUCUGCGUAUUUCAAAUGCUUCGUUACUCUUGCUGACUGCUUGGGAGAAUCCUCCACUGUGAGUGAGGAGAUCAGGAGCUCGCUGGUCCCGCACGUCGAGAGGCUGCUGGAGGACUGUGCGGUGGCAGGGCGUGUCAAUAGGGACAAGGAAAGGGCGACAGACUAUGAUUUUCGGACCUUUCGGGGGGCUGAUUUCGCCUCUGUACGGGAGAGACUAUGCGGGCCUGUUGCCAAUGCGGCUGUAGUGUUAGCCUGGGUAUUGCAAUUGAUUGCCGGCGACUAUGUGGCGCCUUGCAGGGAAAUUGUCGAGUAUUUGCUCACUAGUGGGUGGCCUGGGCUGAGUGGGAAGAUCCUCACAGGGGCUCUGCCUGCCAUAGUGGAGGAAGAAGGUAUAGAGGAUAAUGAGGUUGUCGAGAGGGUGCGGCAAUGCACGGCUAAGGUGCGAUACGAGUCUAUGGACAACAUGCAGUUGUUGGCGCUCGCUGAAGUCUUCGACAAGUUCCAAUGUGAGGAGCGGGCUGACUGUGCACAGCAGUGCCUCCAUACUACUGUGGCUCUCGUUUUCGGGUUCGUAUUUUUUCACUUNNNNCAGGUGCUCCUCUCUAUUGUCGAUCAUUACAACAGGGCGGCUAAGGGCACAGCUAGACGUGUUGUGGGCACGCUGUUGGGCCAGAUGCUGGAUGGUAAACUGCAUGUUACCAACAGCUUCGCCUUGCCCUUCGAGGAAGACCUAAGAGACCCUCAGGUGUGGUUUGUUGACCAUAACUAUCAUGAAAAGAUGUAUGCCAUGUUCAAAAAGGUCUCGCAGAAGGAAGUGGUCGUGGGGUGGUACUCUAGCGGGCCCAGGAUUAAACCUAGCGAUCUCGCAAUCAAUGAGAUCUUCCGACGGUAUUGUCCGGAGCCUGUGUUCCUCAUUAUGGACGUCACUGGAGGCAAUAGUAGCAGUGCCGCCAAGAAGGGGGAUCUCGAUCCCAGAGACUUCCCCAUGCAGGCCUACUACUCGGCUGAAGAGGCCUCUGCGGAUCCUCUCACUCGUAGAACCUUCGUUCACUUGCCUUCUGUUGUUGGAGCCUUUGAAGCCGAGGAGGUUGGUGUAGAGCAUCUGCUGCGAGACAUCAGGACGCAGAGCACGAGUACUCUGGCCACUCGAGUGGAGUCUAAGAUGAAUGCCUUGAAAACCCUUGUGGUGAAGAUCAAUGAGAUUGCACAGUACUUAGGGCAGGUUAUCGACGGCAAGCUGCCUCCUAAUGCACAGAUCAUCUACAAUCUCCAGAACAUAUUCAACUACUUGCCUGGUGACAGCCAGGAGGACGUUGAGCUCAUGCGUUCCUUCAAUGUGGAGACCAACGACAGUAUGCUGUGCAUUUACUUGGGGUCGAUACUGCGUGCCACGGUCGCCCUGCACAACCUCAUUAAUAACAAGAUCGCUAAUAAGGCACGAGAGGCAGAGGCGGAGGCUAAGGCCGAGGCGAAGGCAGAGAAGAUCUCUGCAGCUAAAGGUGAGCAGCCUAGCGACUUCCCAACGCUGAACUGGUCUGUUGUAGAGAGCAAGAAGUCGGCAACAGCACCGUGA